UGAUCGUGACGGAGCGUCUUUAGCAGGAAGAAUAUAUCGAUGGUGUUUACAGAUUGAGGAAUUAGCGAACUGUUGGUUUUGCUCAGUAUUUCAAAGAUCUCUGUUUAAAACAGCUAACGGCAAAGAUGGUUUGCGAAAAGUGUGAGAAGAAACUCGGUAAAGUCAUCACUCCCGACACAUGGAAAGACGGAGCCCGCAAUACAACAGAGAGUGGUGGGCGGAAGCUUAACGAAAACAAGCUCCUAACAUCAAAGAAGGCUCGGUUUGACCCAUAUAGCAGGACUGGCUUUGCUACAUGCAGGAUUUGCAAGAGUUCGGUUCAUCAGUCCGGAUCUCACUACUGUCAGGGCUGCGCUUAUAAAAAGGGGAUCUGUGCGAUGUGUGGAAAGAAAGUAUUAGACACAAAGAACUACAAGCAGACUUCUGUGUGACGAUGAGUAAAGAACCAGAGGGAGGGCGGCGAUGAGGUCCAUGUUUGUGAAUCAGUCACUUUUUUUGUUGGUUUCUUUAUUAUUAUUAUUAUUUUGCAACUGAUGAGGAUCCCAGAAAUGCUCUGAA